CGUCCGGGGCAGCCACUCAGCCCCCUUCCCCUCGCUGCCCGCUGCUCGGGCCGGGCCGAGGAUGCGGCGCAGCGCCUCGGUGGCUAGGCUCGCUCCCCUCUAGCCCGCUUGCUAACUUCCCCGGCUGCGUCUCUGUCCGCCAGCGGGGCCGCCCCGUCUCCCCGCGCUCUCCCGGUCGGGUCCUUCAGGCGCGCCGGGCGCAGCAUCCGUGUGCCCCCUGCUGCCAGUCCGCGUGCCCGCGCUCCCCGUCCGCACCCUGUGCUAGCGCUCCGUCAGCACCCGAUCAUGCUGCCUAUCUGCCUCGUGGCCGCCCUGCUGCUGGCCGCCGGGCCCGGGCCGAGCCUGGGAGACGAAGCCAUCCACUGCCCGCCCUGCUCCGAGGAGAAGCUGGCGCGCUGCCGCCCCCCCGUGGGCUGCGAGGAGCUGGUGCGCGAGCCCGGCUGCGGCUGUUGCGCCACUUGCGCCCUGGGCAAGGGGAUGCCCUGCGGGGUGUACACCCCCCGCUGCGGCUCGGGCCUGCGCUGCUACCCGCCCCCAGGGGUGGAGAAGCCCCUGCACACGCUGAUGCACGGGCAGGGCGUGUGCAUGGAGCUGGCGGAGAUCGAGGCCAUCCAGGAAAGCAUGCAGCCCUCUGACAAGGAUGAGGACGACCACCCCAACAACAGCUUCAGCCCCUGCGGCGCCCAUGAUCGCAGAUGCCUGCAGAAGCACUUUGCCAAAAUUCGAGACCGGAGCAACAGUGGGGGCAAGAUGAAGGUCAUUGGGAUGCCCCGGGAGGAAGCCCGGCCUAUGCCGCAGGGCUCCUGCCAGAGUGAGCUGCACCGGGCCCUGGAGCGGCUGGCCGCCUCGCAGGGCCGCACCCACGAGGACCUCUACAUCAUCCCCAUCCCCAACUGCGACCGCAACGGCAACUUCCACCCCAAGCAGUGCCACCCGGCCCUGGACGGGCAGCGCGGCAAGUGCUGGUGCGUGGACCGGAAGACAGGAGUGAGGCUGUCGGGGGACCUGGAGCCCAAUGGGGAGCUGGACUGCCACCAGUUGGCUGACAGCUUCCAUGAGUGAGCCCUACCAGCAGGCAGGGGGCUCUGUGCCCCCUGCUACCCCUUCCCCUGGAGGCUGCAGAGCCGACGGGGAGCCUGGGCCCAAGCCCUGGCUCUGCCUCUGGCCCAGGAGUUUCCAUCAGGGUGUGUGUUGUGUGUGUGUGUGUUUAUGAGCAUGGGUGUGCCCUUGGGGUGAGCUGGAGCCUAGGGUGUCCCCUUUGGGCUUAGACAGCCUGAGAGUGGCAACGGGGAGCCCUGGUGUAGUUCCACAUUGAUCCUGGAUUCAUUCAUUCAUUCAUUCAGCCAUCUAAAAACAUGUAUUGACUACAUAUCAUAUGCCAGCUCUGGUUUUCAGCCCUGGGGGCUCUUAUUCUGACUUCCUCUGACUUGGGCACGAGGGGCCGCGUCCUGUACAGUGAGCACAGGUCUGUGGGAGGAGUCCCAUUCCUGUCAUCAGAGGAGGAGAGUAGACAUGUACCUUGACUUUCGUCCCUCCCCUCGAUCUAGUCAUGGAGUGGAGGCCAUAGGGAGGUGUGGGGUAGCGGGUGGCUCCGUGGUCAGGAGACCGGACCCACUCCCAAAGCCAAGGGCUGCCGGGCUGGGCUCCUCUUCUCUUCCCGUGGAGACACGCCUACUCUUGGGUUGGGUGUAGUGCCAUCUGCUUUAUUGCCUGGUAACCGAGUCCCUGCUGGGGGAGCAAGGAAGAGAGGGCCAGAGGAGGGCCCGCAGGACAGGGGGCUGGGCGGUGGGGCCGGCGUCUGAGCGGUCAGGGGAGGGGGAAGAGUGUGUACGGGACUGCGUGUGCCUGAUGGAGAGGAGGACCAGCACCUCGGGGUCCGGGGAUGGGGCUUGCCUGGGGCCCUGCUUCCUUCCACUUGGGGUCAGAGGUCACCAGGAUGGAGUCACCAGGACGACUCUGUCCUUCAGUGGCUCACAGCCUGCGUGGCUCUGCCUCCCGCUCCACACCAGCUCCCCCUGCACCUCCCUCCCCUUCAUACCGCCCCCUGGGCGUCUUCUGGCCACACUGGACGGACGGAGACUUAAGGACCUACCAGUUGGCCAGAAUGUCUUGUCUUUCUUUCUUCCUUCCUUUCUUUUUUUUUUUUAACAAAACAGAACAAAACAAAAUAAAAAAUGCUAGACAAUUA